UCCAAACCACACUGAGAGCUGGAGCGCGCAGACCCGUUACUUUGCCUCUGACCGUGGUACCCCCGUCGUUUCCCUUGCACUCCUACCCCUCCUUUUCUGCUUUCCUUCCCUGAGAGUUCUUUUUCUCCCCGCGAAUAUCCUUUCUCACUUUCAAUUUUAAUAGAUCUCGGAGAAAGAUAGAAGUGACGCAUCCUUGAUCUCCUCCACAGCAUUCGUUCUCGCGCACGCUCUUUUCUUUCUGGAACUGGAUUUUUUGAAACGACGUGGACGCGUGGAUGAUACACCGGGGCGAGAACUGGAGAUGGAGUUGCUCGUGAUCAGCCUCUCCUUAUGGAUCCUGCAGUGCCGCUCAGCUCGCGCGGACUCCAUUAUUCACAUCGGAGCUAUUUUUGAACAGAAUGCCAUACGGGAUGACGAGGUUUUUCAGCUUGCCAUCUCAGACCUGAGUUUGAAUGACGACAUCCUCCAGAGCGAGAGGAUUACCCAUUCUAUCAAACUUAUCGAGCCCAACAACCCCUUCCAGGCGGUACAGGAAGGUGAGUGAGUGACUGGUAUCUCUCAGCAAUCGAUUAACCAUGCCGUUCUACUUUAUCUUUAUGUCCGGUCCGUUUGCUUGAGCAGUUAUCCGAUAUCUCCAGACCUUUCUUGUGAGGCUCUAACAUCAGCAAGUAGAAUAGCUGCAGGUGUGGUAUUUCCAAAAGUGUUGGUUUCCUCCUCUUAGUCUUUAUUUCUAUUCAAAAUCUUCUUUUCCCGUCAAACAAAAUAAUGUGUUGUCAGUGUGUUCUGAUGAUGAAACAAAGUAGCUAAAUAAGGCACCUCUUGGAAUCAGAAUCAUGUCCACGUGGAACUGUGCUGAGGACAUAUAUGGUAACAUGCUGAGUGUGUUUGUGUCACCCAGGCAAACUGGAUCAGCAGUGCCGCUCACAGACAUUAAUGUAUGAAUGUAGAACAACUUAAUUUAUGUUAUCAAGCAUGACGGCCAGCUGUCAUUAUCUGAACAGUUCCACAUUUUCAUUGCCUUCCUCAUAUGAGCAAAUCCUCAGUUUGAUCGUGGGUACCUCAUAUUGCAGAAAGGGUC